AUGGAGCUCGCCAUCGGACUCCAUGGCGUCGAGGAUCACAUCGCAGCCGACUUCGACAAUCACGAGGGUGAUCGCGAGUGGCGCCGCACUCAAUUCGUCGUCAAGCUUUGGAUCUACAACACCUGCACACCGGCGUUCAAGCAGUUGAUCAUGGACACCAAGGCCACCGCCUUCGCCCUCUGGAGCACCGUCGAGACCAUAUUUACCGGUAACGUCCGCUCCCACAAGGUCAAACUGCUUUCCGUUCUUCAUGAUCUGCGCCAGGGUCACAAAUCCAUCGCCGUCUACGCGUCGGAUCUCCAGCGCAUCGCCCACGGCCUGCGCGACAUCGGCAAACCCCUGGAUGAUGAGGACCUUUUCGUCUACUUCUUGCGCGGCCUCGACAACCGUCAUCGCACCGCCCGACAGCUUCUGGAGGAACGCACGACUGCGCCAAUGUUCGCCUCCGCCCAAUCGACGCUCCAUCUCGACGAAGAACGGCUGGGUGGCCCGUGGGCUGCCGAGCCCUCCAGCCCCACCGUCCUCUACUCCAGCGGCUCCCAUGGCGGGCAGGGCAACUACGGGGCUCCCUAUGGCGGUGGUUGCCCGGGCUCGCCCUCCCCUGCCCAGGGCAAGCAGAAGAGCAAGCGCACCGACAAGCAUACCGGCUACACCCCCGUCGCCAACGCCGGCGCGCGUCCGCCCCUGACCGGCGUCAUCCCCGUCUACACGCCGCCUCAAGCAGUCGCUGGACCCGGCGUCCUCGGCCCUCGCCCGUACGCCUUCACCACGUUCGCGCCGGUGCAGUACGGCGCCCCUCAGCAGUUCGCUGCCCCGCCGUCCUUCGGCGCUCCGUCGCCGUAUGCUGCUCCCACGGCCUUCACCAUGUCCGCGCCCUCUCAGUACAUGCAGCAGCCGCCACCGCUACAGCAGCAGCAGCAGACGCCACCACAACACAACACCGUCGAGCAGGCAGGUCUCAUGCAGGCCCUGCACAACCUGUCAAUCAGCGGCUCCAACAACGGCUGGGUUGCAGACUCGGGCGCUACCUCACACAUGGCUGCAGCACAUGGUAAUCUUGCCUCCCUCACUCCCGUCUCUGAUUUUCCUCCCGUCAUUGUUGGCAAUGGAUUACUCUCCGUUCGAAAAUUAACUCGUGAUAAUCUUAUUUCUAUGGAGUUUGACCCCUGGGGUUUAUCUUUGAAGGAUCUGCGAACCAAGGCUCAUCUACUUCGUGCCAACAGUGACGGUGAUCUCUAUCUGCUGCUUCCACCGUCCACGUCGCUGCUCCUCACCACUCAAGCCGCCUCGAAGCUCUGGCAUCGUCGACUUGGGCACCCCGGCGCUUCUAGUCUUUUUCAGAAACUUUUCCCUUGUCUAAUGGGGGUUAUAAGAUGGAUAAUCUCACCAAUGCUCUCUGACACAGCAUACCUGCUAUCCAAAGACCCCACCUAUAAUGUCAAGAUAGCUCUGUCAACCAACGUUGUUUUAUAG